AUGGCCGCCCCUCGCUCUAUGAUGCGGCUGGGCACUGGUCGCUCUUUGACCUCUGCUGCCCGGUCAUCCCGCAAUUGCCGUGCCUUCUCUUCGACCCCUCUGCAGUAUGUAGCGAAGGCGACCACCGCUGGGACGGACACCCCAAACAUGCGCCACGCAGAGCGUCCUCCCCAGGGUCCUCUCCGCGCCCCCGUUGUCAACCCGGCCGACAAGUAUCAGGACAUUGCUGAGGGCAUGCACAAAUACGGUCAAUACAUCAUGUCAUGCCUGCCCAAGCACGUCCAGCAGUUUUCCGUAUGGAAGGACGAGCUUUGCAUCUACAUUCCCCCCUCCGGCGUCAUCCCCGUGAUGUCCUUCCUCAAAUACCACACCGCGGCCGAGUACACCACCAUCUCCGACAUCACCGUCGUCGACUACCCCACCCGCGAUCAACGCUUCGAAGUCGUUUAUAACCUCCUCAGUGUCCGCCACAACUCCCGCAUCCGCGUCAAGACCUACGCCGACGAGGCCAGCCCCGUGCCCAGUGUCACCGGUCUCUUCGAGGGUGCUCUGUGGUAUGAGCGUGAGGCGUACGAUAUGUUCGGUGUGUUCUUCUCCGGACACCCCGAUCUGCGCCGUAUCAUGACGGACUACGGUUUCGAUGGCCACCCACUGCGCAAGGACUUCCCCUUGACCGGUUACACUGAGCUGCGAUACGACGAGGAGAAGAAACGAAUUGUUAUUGAGCCGCUCGAGCUUACUCAGGCAUUCCGUAACUUUGAGGGAGGCACCGCCGCCUGGGAGCCUGUCGGUGCUGGUCGGGAUAGGACUCCAGAUUCAAACUCCCCACCCCAAAGCCUGAGCCCAAGGAGGAAGAAAAGAAAUAGAAAUCUCAUGUACCCGUAUUCUCUCGCAUUCUUUCCCGUUUUGUAUGUACAUACCGUGUCUACCUUAGAUGGAAUCUAUUCGGUUCUUGUGAUGAAUCUUCGAGCAACAAUACUAUAG